UCUUUGUCAUAUAUAAUAAAUAGGAAAAAAUUCAAAUGUGAUUGAAAAAAUUUUAAAUUUACACACUAUAAGCAUUUAAUUGGAAGUCAUUGCUAGACGCGAUAGCUGAAGUAAUUUUUUCAAGAGCCACUUUAUAAUGGAAACAGACCACGUUUUCAAAGAAUCUAAAAUAGUAACCACAAAUAAUAGUUCAAACGAAAAUGGUUCGUCGGAUACUCAACCUAAAAAUCAAACCAUUGUUGAUGAAUCAAAGGGAAAUGGAGCUUCGCCAAAAAAAGUCAGUAACAUUCAAGGAAAACCAGUGACAUCAGCUAAUACCAUAGUGGAUAAACAAUAUUUUUACGAGGAUGAAGUAUUUCGAAUCGAUAAAAAAGGCCGUGUCAAAUUCGGUCUUGUUGUUGAGACAUCUGGGUUCUACUCGGAUGAGGAAGAUGAAGAGUUCGAAGAACCACUUUUCAACGGUGAUUUGCGUGUUAUUUGGUAUCCAGACGGACAAGACGUGACCGUCAAAGAGAACUCGAUUGGCUUAGCGGAUCGGACUUUGAUGCCAGGAGAUAUUGUCCGGCGUAUGGUGCCUGGAAAAUUUACGCAACGCGGUUAUUGCAGCAAUAUUCGCAUGUGGGCUGACGUGAAAGUGCUUGGUACAAAAUAUGUGAUAAAAAAUGUCGACGCUGAACGACUGAGGCUUAUUUCUACGUGGCAAAGUGACAGUGCCGUAUGUCUCGACUCUUGGGUGGGCAGUACAAAAGAAGUGGAAGAAAAAGCUAUUUUAAGAACUCCAUCAGGUUGUCGGGUAGAAAUAUCCUCAAACGAUUUUUAUGCCUUUAAAGAUGUCAAUUCACGCUAUCAACGUGAUGCUUACGAAGCGCAGGUAUUCUAUCCUGGUAAUGUAAUCGUUGGAUCGUUACCGCCUUUACAAAGCAUUAAAAUACUAACUCCUGAUAUUCCAUUGCAUACAAAUAAGAAGGGUAAACCUCUAUCACGUAAGUUUACGAUUGAAAGCGUUUAUACCGACACUGUGUGGGUGCAUUGGCAAUGUAGGGCGCUUUCAGAAGAAGCUGAUUUGGAGCAAGUUGCCACCAUGCAGCCAACUUCUAGUAUUUCCGGAGAUAAUCUAAAACGUUUGAAACGUUUGAAUUUAUUUGAAGCUUGCAUGCUUCAAAUCAACGAUCGUAGUUAUCUUACAUAUUCGUCAGGUGAUACGCUUAUCAAAAAAUCUGAAUGGUAUAAGGAACAGUCACAAAAAUUCAAAACGAUUUUAAGGCAGCAAAGAAAUGAAAGGCGUAGUAACGACGCCAUGCAGUCAGAAAAUUUUGCCACUUGUGGGCACAGCACAACUCAAAAUACGAGUACCCCGCAUCACUAUGAAAAAUCAAAGAAAAAAGUUGCUCUCUAUUUAGAUAGUGAUAGAUCGUCCUGCAAGUUUAAAAAGCUUAGUUCCAAGCACAAAGAAAAAGUACAUAAAAAGGCUAAAGUAAGUCGUGACCAAGAUGAGAAUGAUGAUGAUGAGUGGAUAUCUGAAGACGAAUAUGUCUUAAUGGACAAAAACAAUUGUAGCGAUGAGUCCAUACAAAAAGCAGACAGCAGCAAGACUAAAUUAGAACAAAUAGUUACCAGUUCUUUUAGUAAAAGUAAUCUUUGGUGUACGAAGAUGUUCAAUGAAGAAGCAGCAGACGAACCGCUGUCCAGAAACUCCCCCAAUGAUGAAGGAAAGACGCCUACUGAUAACGCUCAACUUUUGAGCGAGGACAGCGCGGCGAAACCCACUUCAACUUGCUCAAGCUCGUCGCCGCACAAUAGUCCAAAACAUUAUAGCAGUCAGCAACUUAAGAAGCAAGCUCGAAAGAGUUUUCGUAAACCUUUUUCACAUGAAACCUUAACUGAAUUUAAGCCAAAAGAAGGCGAUGAGCUUGUUACUGAAUUACUUCUCGUUUACAGUACUGCAACCGUUGUUUGGCAAGACGGUACGACAGAGCAUAAUAUACCAUCUACGGAGUUAUACCCCAUACAUCAUUUGGAUACACACGAAUUCUUUCCUGGGGACUUUGUUAUAUCUGGAAAAGAGGACGCUAACGUAAAUUAUCGCGAUUACGGUGUGAUACAAACUGUUGACCAUAUCGGAAGGAUAGCGCAUGUAAAAUGGUUUACCACUUACACUUCAACGGAUGAACCACAGCCAACUUAUAAAGGUGACUCUGAAGUUAGCGUUUACGAUCUAAAAGAUCACCCUGACUUUCAAUACCGUCCUGGAACUAUGGUUAUCCGCGUUGCCAAUUUUGUUGGUGAAGAUGCCAAGUGUACGGCUGGUCAAAUUAUUGAUAAUUUUGUUGAUGGACGUGUUAAAGUUUGGUGGGUUGACGGCCAUAUCAGUAUGUGUUGGCCUCAAGAUCUUUUCGAGGUUGGUCAAUACGACGGCGCUGCGGAAGCGUGGACUCAAGACUCUGAAGAUUCAUGGGAGACGGAAUCGGAAAAUAGUGAAUAUGGCGGCGGCGGUAGCAAUAACAUACAAAUGUCUUUAGCUGAGUCGCAAAUUUUAACGAACAUUGAAAAAGCACGUGUGGCGAUAAGUCGUCUAGAGGAAAUUUUUAACAUAAAUCCCAAUUUACAAAAUCCUGAGGUAAUGAAGAAACUUUUAAAUGUUUAUAAAGGUUGUCGGUAUAUGGAUCGUUUACUAAACACAAAUUUCUUCCAUGAGGAUAAUUUUAAGGGACUUAUUGAACGUGUACGAAAGGGAGGCAAUCAGAAGAUGCAUGAGCGCGUGCAGGAUCAAAAAAAUCGCCUUUUCAGCGAUGUUGUUCCACCGAGAUGUUCUAAUUCUAUUCCGAAGCAACAAAUUCAAUGUAGUGCUGUUGUGGCUGUGAACCACGUUCAGAAAUCUCAAUUAUCAAAUCAAUCUUUAGAGGCUCCUUCCUCUAAAGAGUUUUCUCCAAGGGUAAUCUUCAACAUUUCGUCAACACAAAUUAAAAAUUCUUCACAUUCAAACGCAGAGAUAGUAACAAACAGUGUUGGUCCAGUGUCAAAAAGACGCCCCUCUCCUUCAUGCAGUGUCCAGGAGUCACAAAAUAACAAAAUGGAGGAUUUGGCAAUGCAAGAAUGUAAAGAAUGCAUUGCAGGAAAUGGGAAGGAUGAAGCAAAAACAGACACUAUAUCUGCUUGUGAGAGUGAAAAGGCAGGCAAUAAUGAGGAAGCCACUCAUGAAGAGAGCAUAACAGCCAGCAAAAAUAACCAAUAUAAUGCUGAAAAGAAUGAACUGCUUAAUUCGGUUAUGUUCAACAUUGAAAAAGCAUACGAGAAAACUACAUUGCUGACAACGGCUAUCGAUUCAUCUUCUCAAGAUGAUUCUGGUAAUUUUUCGCGCAAUGAAAACGAUAAUGGGUGCUCCUUAUGUUCCUUAGAUGUUACAAAUGCGGAGACUAACUGCUCCUUGAUCAAGGUUAUCGAAAAUCAACAAUCCGUCUCCAAUAGUAGUAUUGAAUUAAUUGAAGAUGGAGCACCUGAAUUAGUUUGUGUACGUCUUUGCUCCUUACUCAAAGAUCAAAUGGUCCAGUUCAUUAAGCUGAUAAAAGAGAAAUACUUUAAAGAUGACUAUCCCACUCUAAGUAAUGUUUUCAAUAAUGCAGUCGUUGAAAUAGAAGAUGUAACAAACGAGGCAACUGGUCAAAUUCAAGAAGCCGAUGAUAAGGAAGAUUUUACUAUGGCUUUAUUGCCCGCAGAAGAGACGACGCAAAUAACUCCCCCGCCAAAAGUGGCCUCUAACUCUAUAAUCGUUAAUCUUCCUUCAGAAACUACUACUUCAACAUAUACAGUGCCUUCAGAGUGUUUUCAAAUAUUGUCGGUAGCACCAAAGGAUCAUAAAUAUCAUUUAACAAUUUUCCAUCCAAAUAAUACACAGCAGUAUUACAAAGCAGUUCAAAGAGAGCAUCGCAUGUUGAAAAGUUCCUUGCCACCGGGCGUAUGGGUCAGAGGGUUUGAAGAUCGUAUGGAUUUAAUGAGUGUCAUGAUUGAGGGUCCUGAGAAAACACCAUACGAAGACGGCAUCUUUCUUUUUGAUCUACAAUUGGGAUCCGAAUAUCCGAAAUGUCCUCCUUUAUGCCAUUACAUUAGCUAUUGCUCUGACCGUUUGAAUCCCAAUUUAUACGAGGAUGGCAAAGUUUGUGUUUCCCUACUAGGCACUUGGUCAGGAAGAGAUACCGAGACUUGGGGCUCUAACAGCACUAUUUUGCAAGUGAUUGUUUCCAUUCAGGGUUUAAUUUUAGUAGAUGAGCCAUAUUUUAAUGAAGCUGGCUAUGAAAAACAAAAAGACACGCAGCACGGUAAAGAAAACUCACGCAUGUACAAUGAAAUGGUUAUCAUUAAGCUGAUACAAGCUACAACAAAGCUGCUGCAAAACCCGCCAGAUAUAUUUAGUGGAGAGAUUUUAAACCAUUUUAAAAAAAGGGGCUUAAAAAUGUACGAGCGCAUUAAAAGUUGGAUGGAAUAUUCUCUUAAAGUUAACACCGAAAAAGUAGAAGGUGCAUCAGAAUCAAGUAGCGUAAGUGAACCAGUUAGCAUAAAUUUACCCGAAUUUCCGUUGGUGCCAGCCAGUCGGGGCUUUUGUUUAAGCCUAAAUGGUUUAUUAGAGAACUUCAAGCAGAAGCUUAAUUCAUUGAAUAAUGCUGAAAGUGUAAUUGCUAAUCCAAGCGAAUAGUAGCUCAGCAUAUGGCUUAAGAAUUCUAUCUUCUCUAAUCAGGCAAACAAUCAAAUCAAACGAAUGCAAAUGUAUCUAACGGAUUAAUGUAUAAACGUGCUAAAAGGGGAAAAAACCUCGAAGGAAGAAAGAAAAAACAUUUUCUUCUGAAUGUCUCGCCAAAAAAAUUAAUUCUAGUUAAUUAUAAAAUAUUUUUCUAAGCUUGAUUAGUUUAUUUUACAUAGAUUAUAGAAUAACUUGGAUACCAAAGCAUUCAAACCACAUAAGCUUUUUUUCUUCAGCGCUCUGAAAAGUAAAAUUUCAGUAUUACAGCUCCGCUUCAGUCACCAUAGCUAUUAUUUUUCUCUUUUUCAACCAAAUAUAUAUUUAGAAUUUUUCAGUUUCU